CGCUGGCGCGAGAAGGGGGGCAGCUAGUGCUUGUUGUUUUUAUAGAUACCGUUGUACUUCAGGACCCAAACUGCCUGCUGUGGUGCUUCAUACUACGCAGUCGGCUCAGCUGACUCAUCAGAUGGACAUUUAGAUCAAAUAUAAAUCAGUCAGGCAGCUGACAGCAAAGAGCCACACUGUUGGAGCUUCUUCCAAACAGCUAGCAUCAGCUAGCGGAGCAGAGCUAGCCUGCUAGUUGCGUAGCAGCAAUGGAGUGGCUUGGGAACAGCGCUUUCCCUCAUGAUAAAGAGCCGAGCAGUGACCCAGCUCCAGCAGCCAACGGCUUCAGCAGUGUUUAUCCUCACCAACAGCAGAUCUUAGUCCAAAUGUCUUUUUCGUAUGGUUCCCCUCACAUCAGUCACCGUUGUCGCACGGUUGUGACUGCGCCAUGGCGUCGCUGUGUCAGGGCCAGCAGCGCUGUGUGAAGGCCUCCAUCGUGUCCAGCUGGAGACUGGCUGAGGCCCAGGAUCAGCUCUGCUCUCUGGGCGUCCACAGCUCAGAGUCCCUGGAGCAGGAACGUGCUCGGACUCUGGCCUGUCCCACCGAACUCACGCACACUGAGGAGGAGUGGCGCCGCAAGGAGAGCAUGCUGGGAGGUCACGAGACCAGUCGCAGUGCUGUGCUCGGAGCCGUCAGAAGUUGGGACGUUUUUGAUAAGAGUAUUAUCAAUGUUCAACAUCAACCUGAACAAAUGGACCAGGAAAAGUGCAAGACGUUUCUUCAAAAGUUUGAUCAAGAGCUCAAGCAUUUUGGUAUGUUGCACAGAUGGGAUGACAGUCAACGAUUCCUUGCAGAGAUGCCUCAGAUCAUCUGUGAGGAGACGGCCAACUACUUAGUUCUGUGGUGCAUGAGACUACAGCAAGAGGGGAAAGAAGCGCUGAUGGAGCAGGUGGCGCACCAAGCUGUAGUCAUGCGCUUCAUCCUGGAGAUGGCUUCCACGUCCCAGCAGGAUCCUAGAGGCUGCUUCAGACAGUUCUUCCACAAAGCCAAAGAAGGACAAGACGUCUACUUAGAAGUCUUCCAUACAGAGUUUGAGGCCUUCAAACACAGAGUGAGAGAAUCUGCAGUCAAGUCCAGAUGUGAAGCACUCCAUAAUGUAGAACCACAACCAAGUGACACACACUGCAGAGUUGAACCCAAAGAAGCCCUGGACUCUUUUCCUAAAGUGUCAGAGUAUCCCAAGAAGCGUUAUAUAGAGGCCGGACUGUGGACCAGCACAGGGAGUUGGACAAAGGACGACGCUACAGAAACGGACGAUAUACGCAUGAUGGAGACCUCGUAGGGAUUGUACGCUCUGCCCCUGCUUUUCCUCCAUCUCCACCGCCUCCCGAUUUAGGAGUUUUAAAGUCCUCUAUACACAGCAGAGCAGGAAUAAAAGGAGACUUGAUUAGUCGUUCACACUGCAGGAAACCAUGUUUUGCCGAUGAGAAACUGUUCCCCAGUGUUGUCGAGGCUGUGGUCGGCCUCUGGGAGUUCCUGCAGUGUCUCAUCGCGGAUAAUGAUGCGACAUAAUCCUGGUUGUACAGAUGGAGUUCUGAUAUCCUUUAAGCUGGUUCCACUUUUAAUUUCUCCUGGGGGAAAAAAGGGAAACCUUACAUGGUAGAAAAACAACCUGACAAUUGAUCAUUAAAACCUGGCAAUACAACGAAUACUAAACCACAGGGCAGUUAGGAAUCAAACCCAAGGCCUGAAGUAGGACUCAGGUUAGUGGACUUCACAGGAAUAUUGUGAAAGCUGCUUAAAUGAAUCAUGAAAAGCAUGACUGACAGAUGCUGGCUUUUUAUUCUGGUUAAUACUAAACAUUGAAUAGAAACAGCCAACUGAUCAUGUGCCACCAUAUGUAGCUACUGUAAAACACAGAGAGGUCACAGGUUCCACAGGUCUGGAUGACAAAGUUCACCUGUGGUGUUUCGCCUGGAAUGAAAGUUCAAGCUACUUUUAUAUUUGGUAAAAACAUGCUUGUGUUCUAAUGAUGUAAUGUUCAAAUACAGAGAGCACAAGCGCUCCCGUUAACCUGGGUUUGUGUUUUCUCCAGCAACUUGUUUGGCUAGAAGGAAAUGACCGUAAGGAGUAAAAUAGUUGGUUCCAAAGGUCAGAUUCAUCCUGCAGGUUUGGCUCUUACGGUGUUUAGACUUGCAUGUAUUAAGCAGCACAAGGUCUCUCUUGCUCAUUAACAGGAGAGGAUAAUAAUGCAAUAUGUUUGAGAGGCUAGGCAGUAUGCUGCAGAGUUGACAACAGGAAAGAGUUAAGAUGGUGUCUUUGAUACAACUUUUACAGCACCACCUCUCUCUGGAUUGAAGUGAAUCAAGAGUUUAAUGAUGCUUAUCUUUGACCUCUUCGCUGAAUGGCUGGUACAUGAAGCAUGCUAUGGCUUCAGGAGCUUCUUUAAAGAUGACGCUAGAGUGGGUUUUUUUCUUAAGAGGCUUAAGGUGUCAGAUUUCAGUAACAUGCAAUUUGUCUAAAACACAUAGUGGCUACUAAAUCCAUUGAAUCUCGAGUCCACAUACUGUACAACAACAGAUGUUGACAAUAACUGUUGUUCACAUGGCUGCAUCUGCUCUUAUUGUCCUUCUGUGACAUAAUAAUCCACUGUUUAGGACAAUAGUCAGUUGCUUAUUUAUUUAAGCAGCUUAAAAUAAUGCAACCAUGGAUAAUGAGCUAUAGACAAUAGUGCAUGAGAGAAAUUUCCAACUACUUGACAAAGCACACAGAUUUAAUCACAGGGGAAAGUCAGCCAAAAUGUGGCACGGUAAGGCAAAGUGUAAAGAUAUUUUUCCUUAUAUUAAUGCAUUUAUUUGACCUGGAUUAAAAUAAGCUCCACAUUUGACAGGUAAAGGUUGAAGUGAAGUAGCUCACAUGUUCUCCACCAGCUUCCCGAAACAUCUGAAACUGAAUUACAUCUGUCAGUCUCCUUUUAGACCAAUGCUCUGCUGACUGGACUUGGAUGUGUACCUGAGAAGGAGCUGAAAGCAGUUUGUGUGUGUGUGUGUGUGUGUGUGUGUGUGUGUGUGUGUGGAGGGGGAUGUUUUUUCAAUGGGACGUGUGUAUCUGUAUGCAGAAAGGAAGUCUGAAUGUCUCCCGCACUUUAUAUUAUUCUUCCAUUUGAAAAAAAGAGGUUGAGUGAAUAAUAUGCUUCCUCCUACCAUUUGAUUUUGCUCCUUUUGUUUGUUGUGUUCAGUCAUCAUAUAUUUUUGAUUCAUUUAUGUCUUACAAGCAGGCUUCAGAUGAGGUUGAUUUACCUUUUGUAUCCUGUUUGAUGACUUUAGCCAGAUUUAUCAGGCUUUGAAUAAAGUUUCCCCUUCUUCAUUUUUAUUUAAGACAGCCAAGACAAGUGUGAAAAUAUGCUGACCGACACAAUCAGUGAGACUUGAGCUGCAGACUGUUGAACUUAAGGUACCGUAGGAUACAUUCAAGUACAAUACACAUGAUUCUGACUUGCAGCUUCUGUGUGAUGCGAUGUGGCUUCUACAGUGCGCCUGUCAUUUCGUUCUUUGUCUCACAGCCGGCUCUGCACAGUGCACAUAUGAGAAGUAUCAAAUACUGUAAACAUAAACAGGUAUUGUAAGCAGUGAAGCUUAAACGAUGUGUUGUUGUGAUCCUAAAUGUGUUUUAUUAUCUUCCUUUUUUUAGUCACAGUGACAUAUCAACUAUGCAAUAUAAUUGUAUGGCUUAAGCUGUUGUUCUGAACCUGUGGCCAUUAUCUAUGGUGUUUCAACAUCCUAAAUUAUUUAAAGAUUAUCACAGAAUUUGUGAGACUGACAGUAUAAGAAUUUCUGUCACUUAGCUAGUCAUACACUAAGCAAUGACGCUAGGUUACUGUAAGAAUUGGUUUCUCUUGCUGCUCUUAACUCAAAUAUAAAAACAAAAAGUGCUAAAUGUUUGUAUUUUGUUGUCAACUGCUACAGUUCUUUGGUAAAUCUGAUACGUUUAUUAGAUGUUGGUCGAGACAACUUAGUAGUGAACAUUUUAAAAAUUGCGGACUUCUGUAGCUCGCACUUCAUCUGUGCUUGAAGCCGAUACUAGCAUAAGGCACCCAGACCCAUGUGAAAUAAUGUCUUCAGUUUCAUUCUGGAUAAUGUAGGCACCAAUAAAAAAAAAGAAA